AUGUCCGCGCUCUCCAAGCUUCUCGUCUUUGUCGCGCUCUCGUUCUCCACUGUCGCACUCGCCACAAACAUCGUGCUCACGAACGACGACGGAUGGGCUGUUGCACAAAUACGUGCCCAGUACGCUGACCUGGUAUCUGCAGGUUACGAUGUCAUAUUGUCGUGUCCUGCGGAGAACGAGUCCGGCACAGGAUCCGACUCAGAGACUCCUGAGAUGCUCACUGAGCCAUGCGAGUACGACACCUGCCCCACGGGUUCUCCCGCAGAAGGGUAUAACUCGACUGACAACCAUCUGAACUACGUCAAUGCCUACCCCGUGGAUGCUGUGCGCUACGGCAUUCAGACUCUUGCUCCGGAGCUGUUCGACGGGGCUGAACCUGACUUUAUUGUCAGCGGACCCAACAUUGGCUGGAACACGGGCAAAACUGUCCUCAAAUCCGGAACUGUCGGCGCAGCCUGCGAGGCAGCGAAGGAAGGUUACCCGGCUACCGCCUUUUCCGGACGUACCGGGUCGCAGAAAUCCUACACCAAUUUGACCAGCGACCCCAGCUCGUCAACCACUAAAUCCGCUUUUAUCUAUGCGGCACUCACCGUCCAAUACACCAAUGCGCUCCUGGCAUCGGGGUCAAGCCCACUCCUACCUUCCGGCGUCAUCGUCAAUGUCAACUAUCCCUCCACCAAAGAAUGUUCAGACGCCGACGACUAUCAGUGGGUCUUCGCGCGCAACCUCGCAAAUUCGAGCGCGACGGACUUCGAGACGUGUGGGAGCACGACGCUGCCUACCGAAAAGAGCGUAGUGAAGGCAUCGGGGUGCUAUGCCAGUGUCUCGGUCCUGAACGCGACCACCAAGACAGAUGUGGAUGCGUACAUGCAGGGGCAGGUGUAUAACAGCCUGACGGGCCUUCCCUUCAGUUGCCUGUCGAGCUCGUGA